AAAGACUUGAACCAACCCAUCUCCACAAACCCUCACACAAUCCCUCUCCUCUUCACUCAUACUCCACAGACACAUCACUCUUUCACAGACACUACCAAUCUCCACACCAAAGUCUAAACUCUAGCACCUACCUUACUAACAAAUUGCAGCGAAGGAAGUUUAACUGUUAUAAUGACUCCGGGAGAUUUACACUUGGUGACCACAAAAUAGAUGACACAGAGGGAAGGCACCAGGAGACAAGAGACCAAAACUGCUUGGUCAGCAGGGCAGAGCAUAUACACAAAAGCUCUUUGACCUCAGAAUGUCUUGCAGAGACUCAAUGCUGUCAUAAUUUGUUAAAGAGGGACUUGUACACACCUGUAUCAGACUACAACAUGAUUUCAGUUGAAUCGCAAGACUCUUAUACCCAGCCAUCUUCACACAAUCAGGCCUUUCCUGUACCUCCUCCUCAGCUGUACAAUGGACUCUCUCCAGCUUCCUCCAAGUCCAAGAGCCUGGGAGACCUGACCUCUGAGGACAUUUCAUGUAACUUUCAGAGCAAGUACAAGUCAAUCAGCCGAAGUUUUGUCACUCCUGCAAUGAAAGACCAAAGACGGAUCUGUGGGUUGUCUGGUCGUCCGAAGUCCACUGAUCCCUUAACUGAGCAGCUUCGCAAGCUUGUAACGUUGGAAAAUGAAGACUAUGCGCGCCCCCUCCCCUCUUGUUCACAACUCAUCCCAAAACCCCUUUCAGUGCUCCCUCUGGUUUCUCAGAGCUCUGCCGAUGAUCCUGAAGACCCUCCACCAUUUCUGUCAAGGCGACUGUCGUCCCGCAGUCAAAGUCGUGUACGUCAUAUAGCCAAUCGCGCACGUGAGAGACAGCAGGAGGCUUUCAAACACCGGCCUGUUGAGGGUGCCAUGGAAGUAGUACUCCGUAAUAAACCAGUCUCCUCCCAAAAUCCUCCACCGAACAGGCAUUCUACAGGCUCCUAUAUCGCUGGUUACCUGGACCAGCUGGGUCCUGAGGCCCGAGGCUUGCCUGAAGGAGCCUGCACCUCACUACGCUAUGGAUACGGAGAUCGCUACUAUAAUGAUGAUUCUGUACUCCCUCCUGACUUCUCCAACUCAUCAGAACCUGAGGUCUUCUUCCUACUUAGGCUUUGACCUUGCAUCUCACCUGCUGUUUUUGACUGUGCAUGUAU